AUGCCGGCAAAAGGAUGGCGAAAAGACGAACAAGAAUCUAACCUGGAGACAGUAAUGGCCAACCAGAAGGUUUCCAUAGAUUCCAUUCUCUUUCCGAAAUCUACUGUGAACAAGUUGGCCAAACAGGUGCUCCAAAAAGAGAGUCCGGACGCCAACCCUAUGAUUCUCUCAAAGGACUCACAAACGGUGAUACAGAGGUCAUCUGUUGUAUUUAUCAACUAUAUCUAUCAUACUGCCAAGCAGGAUAUAAAGCUGAAGGGCAGAAAAGUGGUAAAUGCUGAGGAUAUUAUCAAUGCAAUGGAGACGACUAACUUCAAUAGUUUUUUCCCUAUUCUACAUGAAGAGCUAGACAAAUUUAAUAUGAGGAAGGAACUUAAGAAAAGGGAGAAAUCAGAUAAGCAAAAAACGGCAAAGGCAAAGGCUGAUGAAGAAGUAGAAGUGAUUACAGAUGAGGAGGAUGUGAAUGAUAAUACCAACAAGAGGAUUAAACUGAAUGAUUCUAGAGACGAGAGUACUAUGAGUGAAGGAGUCAGUGAGGAAACUAUCGACGAGAGCAAAAACGACGGGGAACUUGAACAGCAUGAUGAAGAAGUUGAACAAGAAGAAGAAGAAGAAGUCGAGGAAGAUCCAGAAGAUUCUGAUGACGAAGAGAACAGGAGCCCAGUAGUUAAUGGCACUCAACAAAUGGAGCGUGAGCAAAAGGAGUUAGAGGAAGACAUGAGGGAUGUUGACGUUGAUGUUGAUGAAGAUGAAGAUGACGAUGAUGAUGAAGAUGGUGAUCGGAGGAACACUUCGGAUAAUUCGGAUUAA